UAAAAAGGCAGAGAAAAAGUCUUCAAUGUUGGUUUUCCCUUUCCCUUACGAAAUGUCUUCUGGAUUUCAAAUUGGUUUUCGUGUUUUCAUGCUAUUGAGUACAAUAUUUAAAUUCCUAACUUUUAUGCAUAUUACUUCAGAUUUUCAAUCAUAUUCAUUUAAAUUCUGUGCUACUUUUUUUUGGUUUAUGCAAUUAUACUAAAUGAGAAACUACUUUUAUGACUACUUAUUGAAUUGAAUGCAAUAGAAAACAUAGAAAUGGUAAGCGUUGUCGUGGAGAAGAAGGAUCAAGCAAAACAAAGCAAAGAAAAUCAAGGAAAGUCAAAAUAUUCUGAGAAAAUCCUUAAAAGCACAUUUUGUAUAUAUAUAACCUGAUCUGUCUCCUGGAAAUCAUCAAACCGUACAAAGAAACCUAAGACACAAGCAAACUCAAAACAGAGCCAUUCAUUACAACAACAACUUCUUAAUUGAUCCGAACCGGUAGACCAAAAGAAAAAAAAACAGUUCACCGAGUUAACGUAAAACUUACGAAACCUGUCGGAAUAACGCAAGUUCAAUUGUCUCAUGUUAGAUAGAGGAAAAGGGAUGCUACGCGCAGCCGGCAGCGGGAUGCUACGCGCCGCCGGGAGAGGGAUGUUAGGCGCCGCCGGAAGAGGGAUGCUACGCGCCGCCGGACGAGCGAUGAAGAGAACCGGCGUAGCCAAAGGCGGUAUUCAAGAUCCCUUUGCUUCAUCACCGUCGACAGCAGCUGGGAACGCUUCUGUCUCGCUAGGUGGAGGGUAUGUCCAUAGAGUUGGAUCAAACAAUCUGAGAAUCUCGGCGGCAUCAGGGUCGCUGUUGAAUCUUCCGGUGGCUAUAACCUCCAGAUGGACCGGGGGCGCUUUUUCGUUUAACAGUUACGGCGCUUACGAAGACUUUGAGUGGGUUACGGUGGAAGGAACCGAAGAAGAAGAAGAAGAAGAUGACUCUGUUUUUAGCUCUGUUCCUUCUGUUGAUGAAGUCGAAGAUGCUGUUUCUGCUCUUAAGCAGUAAUCAUUUUUUUUCUCUUCUGUUUCUUAAUUUUUCUAUACACUUGAAAGUAAUGUGUUUGGUUAUAUGGAUGAGACUAUUUGAGUUUUGAUUAUUGUAUCAAUGAUUAGAAUUGACAAUUAAUCCCAUAAAAUUGUGUUCAAAAAAGAAAAAGAAAAAAAAUCUCAGACAUGUGGAUGAGCUUUGAGUGGUAGAUAGAUAUUUUAAUACUCACGAGAAUUGUCUUGGCUUAGGAUAGAUUAUUUUCAAAGUUAACUUUUUUUCUUUUCCCUAUUUCUUUCCUCUGAGUGUGAUUGAAAAAAAAUUGUCUUGAUUUGAUGAAUUAAAAUAAGAUGGAAGCUCUAUCCAAGUCUAUUUCGUUUUGUUUGCUUCCGGAAUUAGUAUCAAUUUAACCAAUCAUUCCUAGUACCUGAACUUAAACUACUUUGAAAAGUUGUUUGCUAGUUCAACUGCAUCAUUGUCUUUGUUUAUUAUUAUUAAUCUUCAAAACCUGCGUUCUUGCUUAAUGGGAAUACGCGUAACUGUUGAUUCUUGUUUUUAAGGGUAUUCGAUGGUGGUGGAAACCAGAGUCCCAUGCCCACAGGAAUGGUUCAUCAAGUUCCUUCGUUUGGGACGGAGUUGGACUGGGUGGAGCCUUCAAUGGAACUAUGUCAUUCAAGAAUCUUACAGCCUCAUGCUUAUGAUCACGUUUACAAUGCUUUUGACCUACUGCGAACCGAGCCAUCCGUUCAGAGAAUGGUGUUAUCAUUGUCAUCUGACAAAGCAGUGUGGAAGGCAGUGAGGAACAACGAGGUGGUGCAAGAGAUUAAGGAUUUGUACUACAAUGGCAUUAAUCAAGACGAGGAGAGUUCAGAUGAUGAGAGCUCAGAUGACACUCCACGGAAGAAUAACACACCAACAGAUUUCAUAAAAUGGGUAUUUGACAGCACCGUGGUUAAGGCCACGGAAGUGUUGAAGAAGAUAAUAAAGCUCGCGAUAGAACUCUUAAAUAGUUUCAAAGUUAACAAAAAGAGGAAACGUGGCAAACUCAACAAUUGGUUCGAGGAAGAUCUCAAGACUUCGGUCUUUCUCUCCAUCUUGGUCAUGUUGGUCGUGAUGGUGUCCCGAGCCUGCAACAAUUCUAUGAACGAUCUAAGUUGUUAACAGGUUGCUUACACCCCCACCCAAUUAAUGCAUUGGAUCUCUUACAAGUUGUAAGUUACAACAGAAGAAGACACUUAGGCACAAAUGAAGAGUUUGUUCGAUCAUGGUUAAAGAUUGGUUUGUAGUUACAUAAUCCAAGGAGACAAUACUCAUCACAACAGCUGUUGUCACCCACAAAUCUCUCGAAGGCAAUGGCUAAGGGAUUGGACCGGUCCGUACCAGUUACAUCUCUGAGAUUAGCUGAGAUUUGGUGUUUUACAUGUUGAUGACUGCUGCAGCUUUCAUCUCAGGGUUGUUGCCCACUCAGCUUAUUGGAACAGAAGUGAAAGCUAUGUUGUCUGGAUCAUCUGAGGAAGAUGUACGUAGUGGCUACAUAAUUGUCACCAGGGCACCAAGCUCCCAUCGAUGUCAUCCUAUGAGUUUUGCAAUCUCCUUUUUCGAUCUUGACAUCAUCACAGGAAAGACCAUUUUAAUUGGUUUCUUUUAUCAUUGAUCAAUCUCUAAAUUUAUAAGGUGUUUAUCAUCGAUCGCCCAUUGUAUAAUAUUUAUAUCUAUUUUACAUUAUGAUCUAUUAUUUCUA